UCAUCUUAUCUGCGGAGAUGAGAGCAAGAGAGGCGGUAAGAGAGAGAAGAAGAGGAGGCCAGACCUGGACCUGACAGAGACCAAGGACGACAAACUGUGCACCCCACAAAAUUUGCCCGCACACGUUCAAAGAGAGCUCCCUAGCACGUCUGAACUAAGUUCAGCGCCUGCAAUGGAUAGGACUAGGUCGACUAGGAGGCUUCAAAGGAGGACCUGUCCUUGCACAGAGACCGUCUUGCAGCACAGGACAAUGGUCUCCGAAAGUGAACACCCAGACACCUCUGAAGAGGAGCUCCGUGAGAGACUGUUGAAGAGGAAAGCCAGAGAAGACGGAGAAGGACCGUCCUCUUCAGUGGAUGUUCACAGAGAAAACCUGACGGAGACCAAGGACAGGACCAAACUCUACUCUGCACAAAAGUUGCCCGUCCACAUGCGAAGAGCUGCAUUCGAGGCCAAAUACAAACAACAGAAGAAGCUCGGCGAAGGAGGGUGUGGAUCUGUGUUUGCUGGCUAUCGCAAAGCAGAUCAUUUGCCUGUUGCCAUCAAACACGUUCCAAGCGAGACUCAGUUCAUCAAACACGUGUACAAGAACAGGAAUACGGUCUCCGUGGAGGUCGCCGCCAUGUUGAAACUCGCCGCCAAUACAAGUGGCUCAGCGGCCUCCUCGGCACCUGUGUCCCUACUGGACUGGUAUGAUCUGGAACAUGAGCUGAUCCUGGUGCUGGAGAGACCAGUCCCCUGCGUGGACUUGGCCACGUACAUCUGCUCAAAGGGAGGCUCCUUAAAAGAGGAAGAGGCCAAGAUCAUCAUGAAACAGCUGCUUGAUGCAGCAAUUGAGCUUCAGGAUAAGAGCAUCUUUCACCGGGACAUCAAGGUGCAAAAUAUCUUGAUCGAGACUGGCUCGGACGUCCCGCGAGUUCGCCUCAUUGACUUUGGUCUGAGCUGCUUCGUCAAGAGCUGCUCCACUUACCAACACUUCUACGGUACCGCUAAUCACAUCCCUCCGGAGUUGUACAUUAAUCAACGCUACAGGGCCGGCCCCACCACAGCGUGGCAGAUGGGAGUGGUCCUGUUUGAAGCGCUCCACAAGAACACAUCUUUUGAGACCCUCGCGUUCCUCCAAAACAGUCUGAGAAUCAGGAAGACGCUGCCCAAAGAUUGCAAGGAUUUCUUGCAAAAGUGUCUGACUGAAGACCCCAAACAGCGCCUGACCCUGGAGCAGCUCAAGCAUCACCCAUGGCUCGGAUAAACCAACCCGGAAACACACACGUCCUCGCCAAACCGGGGCGGCCAGCCCGUGAUAGGCUGGCGAGGUCACCAGCCCGUGAUAGGCUGGCGAGGUCACCGGCCUGUGAUAGGCUGGCGAGGUCACCGGCCUGUGAUAGGCUGGCGAGGUCACCGGCCUGUGAUAGGCUGGCGAGGUCACUGGCCUGUGAUAGGCUGGCGCUACAGGGCCGGCCUCAUCACAGCAUGGUAGAUGGGAGUGGUCCUGUUUGCACGACGAUGACCUGGCGACCCGGUCACCAGCCUGUGAUGGCCUGGCGACCCUGGACAGGUCACCAGCGUGUGUGCCCCGCCAGAUGGGAGUGGUCCUGUUUCAAACGCUCCACAGGGACGCAUGUUUUGAGACCAUCGCGUUCCUCGAAAACGGGGCCACGUUCAACAAGAGGCUGUCCAAAAAUUGCAAGGAUUUCUUGCAAAGGUGUCUGAUUGAAGACCCCAAACAGCGCCUGACCCUGGAGCAGCUCAAGCAUCACCCAUGGCUCAGAUAAACCAACCCGGAACACAUACGUCCCCGCCAUACUAUACUGAAGUCAUCCAAGUACUGAUGCUGCUCUCUCUUUACGCUCUUUCUUUCUCUCUUUGACAGGAAAAACUUGAGGAACCGGGGUGGCCAGCUUGUGAUAGGCUGCCGGAAGAAGAAUGUGAUGAACCGAGGCGACCAACCUGUGACCUGGCCUGGCGACCCAGUCACCACCCUGUGAUGGCCUGGCGACCCGGUCACCACCCUGUGAUGGCCUGGCGACCCGGUCACCACCCUGUGAUGGCCUGGCGACCCGGUCACUACCCUGUGAUGGCGUGGCGACCCGGUCACUACCCUGUGAUGGCCUGGCGACCCGGUUGCCAGCCUGUGAUGGCCUGGCGACCCUGAACAGGUCACCAGCGUGUGUGCCCCGCAUUUGCCCUAUGUCAGCAGGGAUUGGCUCCAGCCCCCCCCUGUGAUAGGAUAAGCGGUUACAGAUGAUGGAUGUAUAAUAUUCAUUGUUUGCCCUUUUUUUUGCAGAUCCUGUAGCAACCCCAGCCGUUCAAGGAGAGGGGAUCUCUCUUUGAAUUGCCUUUCCCGAGGUUUCUUCCCAUUUUCCAUCUGGCCUCAGGAUAUUGGAGGAGUUUUUCCUUGCCUUCUUAGAGAGCUUGGGCUGGGCAGGUUCUGCUCAUAUUCCAAUUAGCCGUUAUUUAAUGUGAUAUUUAAUACUGAGCCAUGAAAAUAAACUUGAAUUAAAUUUAAACCCAAUUAA